CCGAGACCCUGCUGCUCGAGGGGGCGGCCUCGGGCUCCUUGGCCACGUUCUCGGUGGGCCCGGCACCGUGGGUCUUGCCAAAGGUGUGGCCACCGGCGAUGAGGGCGACGGUCUCCUCGUCGUUCAUGGCCAUGCGACCGAAAGUGGUGCGGAUAUCCCUGGCGGCGGCGACGGGGUCAGGGAUGCCGUCGGGGCCCUCGGGGUUCACGUAGAUGAGACCCAUGUCGCGGGUGUGGAUGUCGGUGUGGCCCUUCUUGUGCUCGUCGCCGGGCAGGGUGCCGUGGGCGGCGAUACCCUCCUGGCCACCGCCGUAGCGGUCCUCGUUGCCGAGCCACGUCUCCUCGGCGCCCCAGUAGACGGACUCGUCGGCCUCCCAAACAUCGGGGCGGCCGGCGGCGAAGCCAAAAGUCUUGCCGCCCAUGGACUCGAUGGCGACGUUACCGGCGAGGAGCAAGAGAUCAGACCACGAGAUCUUCUCGCCGUACUUUUGCUUGACGGGCCAGAGGAGGCGGCGGGCCUUGUCGAGACUGGUGUUGUCGGGCCAGCUGUUGAGCGGGGCGAAGCGCUGCUGGCCGGCGCCACCGCCGCCGCGGCCGUCGGUGACACGGUAGGUGCCGGCGCUGUGCCAGGCCAUGCGGACAAAGAGACCGCCGUAGUGGCCAAAGUCGGCGGGCCACCACUCCUGGGAGUCGGUCAUGACGGCGGUGAGGUCCUUCUUGAGCUGGGCAUAGUCUAUGCUCUUGAAGGCCUCGGCGUAGUUGAAGUCCUUCUCGUAGGGGUUGGUCACGCUGGUGUUUUGACGGAGGAUGUUGAGCUUGAGCUGCUCGGGCCACCAGUCAAAGUUCCGCGUGCCGCCGCCGCCGAGGUUGGACUUUUGACGGGACACUGGGGUGGAGUCAUUUUGGCGGAGGAGGAUGUGUGCGUCUGUGUGGGUGUGGGGUGCGACGGUUCUGGUUCUUGCGUGUGCGUGGUGCUUGUUGUCUUGGAUCUGAUGGAAGAUGGUGAGCGCCCUGUUCCGUCGGAUCUCGGGAGGCAGAGGAAGUGGAAGCGGGGGAAAGAGAGGAGAGAGAGGAGAGAGGGCGGGCAGGGUGGGCGGAGAGAAGAGGGGUGA